UACACACGGUGUAAAAUGUUUGCCGUACACACACUUUCAGUGUACAUAAAAAAAUAAAUCCAGAAGUUUAGCAGUCGCCACCUGUGAGGUUGGCGUUCAACUUUCAGCGUUAUGGGAGAGCAGGCUUUGCGUGUUUUGGCCUGUGGAGACGUGGAAGGAAGAAUCAAUGCUUUAUUCAACCGCGUGAGGACUAUUCAGAAGAAGAGCGGGCAGUUUGAUCUGCUGCUCUGUGUUGGAGAUUUCUUUGGUUCGUCUGAAGAGGCGCAAGCAGAAUGGGAAGAGUAUAAAUCGGGAGCUAAGAAAGCCCCCAUCCACACGUAUGUGCUUGGGGCAGCAAGCUACGAAACAGUGAAGUAUUUCCCCAGUGCAGAUGGCUGUGAGUUGGCUGAGAAUAUAAUCUAUCUGGGCCGCAAGGGGGUGUUUACAGGCGCGUCGGGGCUCCAGAUCGCUUACGUGAGUGGGCGAGAAGGCCAUCAGGAGCCUGCCCCAGCACACUGCUUCUCCCCUAAAGAUCUCUCUGCCCUGGUGGAGCCCCUGGUGAACUCCAAGUUCAAAGGGGUGGACAUCCUGCUCACCUCACAGUGGCCUCGUGGAGUCUGGCAGUAUGGCAACAACCCUGAAGUGGACACAAGAUUUUGUGGCGUGGGGUCUAUCGCCAGCCUGGCCAAUCACCUGAGGCCUCGCUACCACUUUGCAGGUAUGGAGGGGGUGAGCUAUGAGAGGCUGCCUUACCGGAACCAUUUAGUCCUUCAGGAGAAUUCCCAGCAUGUUAGUCGAUUCAUUGCCCUCGCUGCAGUCAACAAUCCUGCCAAGAAGAAGUAUUUAUAUGCGUUCAACGUAAUCCCCAUGAAGAACAUGGACCCUGUAGAACUGGUGAAACAGCCACAAGAUGUUACAGAGAAUCCCUACAGAAAGCCUGCCGUGGCCGGCCAGAAAGGCAGACCUGGCAUUACAUUUCCCACGGAGCAGGAGGAGCCAGCAUCUCAGUUUUUCUUUGACCUGGGGAGGAGGCCUCAGCACCAACGUCGUCAGCAGCAUCAGAAUCAGCACCAAAAGAAUCGGGAGGAACGUCUUCAGCAGCAGCAGCAGUAUUAUCAGCAGCAUCAGGGGCAGCAGGAACCGGGGAAGGAACCAGGGCAGGAACCGGGGCAGGAACCGGGCCGGAAGAGACCCUCGGAGGGAGAUCGGUUUCCAGGCGGUCAGCACCACCAGCUUCCCAAACUGCCACGCAAACCCCCUCAGCCUACCGGUCCCUGCUGGUUCUGUUUGGCCAGCCCAGAGGUGGAGAAACACCUGGUGGUCAGCAUCGGCACACACGUGAGCUUACUGCUGUUUUUGGGCAUGUGUGUGUUGGUGUAUAAAAUUGUAAAGAGCGAGUGUGUGUUUGUGUUUGUGUCUUGUCUAUUUUAGUGUGUGUGUGUUUUUUUUUUUUUUUUUUUUUUCUUGCUUUUUAAAAUAAAUCUGUAAGUGUUCUAUAUGUGACUUCACUGUUUUGCUAUGUUUCACUAUUUACCUCAAGUCUCAUCACUGUCCAAAAACGUUCUGUUGUGUCACGAAACACUAAUAUCUAGUGUCUGUGUGUGCUGUAUUGACUGUAUGUGCCUGUG